CGGCGCCACCUGCGUAAAGAUGGAGCCACAGAAUCAGGAGCCCGACCUCAAGCCGGUUUACCACCGGUUGCUGAGUCCGCUGUCUCUCUUCCCCCGCAAGGCGACGCCUCCAGAGCCUCCGAAGAGACGCUCGCAGGAGGUCUCGACUUUGCAAUCUAUCCCGCUCGCGAAGCUAAAAGUGGGACCGCUGUGCCGCCAGGUAUCCAAGCGACUAGCAGGCAGCGGGCGGGCGGCGCGGGUGACUCCCAAGGAUCGACUCCGACUCACCCAGGUUAUCCUAGAUGAGCUGAAGUGCAGCUGGCAGGAACCUCCUACAGAUCCUAUUUUGAACUACGAGAACAACCAGAAGCUGCGGAAGCGGUUGGAGUCCUACGUGCUGAUCUGUAGUGAGCAGCUCUUCAUACGCUACCUGCACCUGCUGGUGACCCUGCCGGCCACUAGAAGGGUCUUCACUGAAUCGGCCACCCUCAGCCGGUUGGCAACCAACCUUGCCAGGGAUUGCACAAUCUUCCUCACCAGUCCCGAUGUCUACCGCUGCCUGCUGGCUGAUUUUCAGACCCUGCUGAAUUUAGAGCAGACCCGGAGAGGCAUAUCCAAGCUGCGCCCCCCAGUCUGUCCCCCUGGGACUUUCAAACUCUGUCCAAUCCCCUGGCCCCACAGCACCGGCUUGGACCAAGUGCCAUGCUCUAGCCUCAACCUGAACUACCUUGUCCAACUCAGCCGCCCAUGUGAUUUCCCCAGUGAGCCCGAACCUGAUCCAGUGAAGGAGCUGAAAUCUAUCCCCCAGCUGAAGGGUAAAAAUCGGCUCCUCUGGGUGCCCUCCGCAAAAAAGGAAAAGGAAGUUGAAGUGAGUUCCGCACAGAUGGUACCACUGCCUAGCCAUUCUCCUCCUAGCAGUGAGAUUUCCCACUUCCCCACUUCACCAAUCUACCCCAGGCUCCUGAGGGGCCAGUCCAUGCCCUGUCUUCGUGAAGGGUGGAAUCUGGCAGAUGAGUUGGGCCUCCCUCCUCUCUCCCCUCAUCCUCUCACCCCACUGAUCUUGGCUCCAGAGAGUAAACCACUGCCGUUUGGGGACCUGGCGGCUGAGGAUCUGAAGCAGAAGACAAAGAUUAUGGCAAUGGAGUGGGCUCGCUACUCACCACUGGAAUCUGGCCUGCCCCCACUCCUCGGGGUCCUUACCAGGCGCCUAACUGCCCAGCACCACAUAGAGAACCUGCAGCAAAUGCUGAAGAGCCUGCAGGAAGAAGAAGCCUCCGGACAGUGGGAUCUCCGCCCCCCAAGAAUCGCUCCACUUCACCCACAGCCAGUGACUAUUACGUUGAAGCUACAAAAUCAGGUCGUGGUCCAAGUAGCUACUGUGCAGCUCUCUGACAGACACUUUUCUGACACUUUCCACGUUGAGGGGGCUGGAGUCCUAUACAACCAUCUGGCUGGGGAACUGGAUUGCAAAGCCAUCGAAGAAAUGGAUUCUGAUCGUCUUGUUGGCAAUAGCACCAAAGAGGUGUACAAGGAAUUGAUGAGCCGAGUCUCUACUAGUCACCUCUCUUUUGAUGAAGGACCCCAGAUUGAGCCCUCGGCAGAUAAAGAUUGGUCCAUCUUCCUGUCCUCUGCUUUUAUAUACCAAGAUAAACAUAACCCUGUCAUCAACCAUGAUCUGGUUGGACUUUAUUCCAAGAGAUCAAGCACUCAGCUGUUGUGCCCUGAGAAGACGCCUUCUCCCACAUUACUCCAAAAGGGCAGAAGCUGGGACAAGUGGCCAAACAAGACUGUAUGGAUGAACUGGUGGAAAACCUCUGUGUCUUCGGAAGACUACUUAAAGUACCUCAUCACUCAGGAGACAGAUUUCCUCCAUGUCAUCUUCCAAAUGUACGAAGAAGAGGCUUCUGUGGAGAUACCGGUCCCUGCCAAACAGUCCCUGGAGAUCCAGCACCCUCCUCCGCUGCUGGAGGAUGAAGAGCCAGACUUUGUGCCAGGAAAGUGGGAUUGGAGCUCAGUGAUAGAGGACAGCUCAGGACCUGGGAAAGCCCACAUCCUAAAUCUGCAGCAGCGUCUAGAACGACUGUGGGUCGUGUUGGAAGUCCCUGACCAGAGCCGGCUGGACAUGGUCAUUAAGUACAGCUCCAACGCACGCCUGCAGCAGCUACCAGCAUUGAUCAGGGCCUGGGAGCGGGUCCUGAAGCCCAUUCAGACACGGGAGUUGUUGCUAGGGAGACUGGAGUGGUUUGAACGACAAGCCUCUGACCCCAACCGGUUCUUCCAAAAGCCUGAUUUGAUGCUGAGUCGACUCCUGGAGGAGAAUCAGAUCCGGAGCCAUAUCCAAAGGAAGCUCAGUCUAAUGGAGUCUUCUUUGAUUUCCUUGCUGGAAAAGAUAGAGUUAGUGUUUGGGGAGCCAGUGACCUUCAAAGGGCGACCUUAUCUAGAGAAGAUGAAGCAGGACAAAGUGGAGAUGCUCUAUUGGCUCCAGCAGCAGCGGCGGGUUCGCAAUCUGCUCCGGGCCCAGAGAGCCUUCCACCAACCGUCCAUACUUGCAAGGAGCCGCAGCCGGGCUUUAAUAGCUCCUGGGAAUAGUCCUAUUGCCCGCUAAGGAGACCAAAUGUCCUCAAAGUCCUUCCUCACCCCCCAAACACCCAGACACUCACAUAGACCUCUCAAUGGCUUUAGAACAACUAUGAUAUUUCUACAAGGGACUGAGAUUCUUUGUCUUGGCAUUCUAGAUAAAAGGAUUCCCCAAACCUGGUAUUCCAUGUAUGUCAACAGUGCCGCACAAUACAACCAGAAUCCCUUAUCAGGUGGUCCCUUGGAGUUCAUUAUAACAGAGAAGGUCAGGCAGAGCAAGUCAUGAUCUUGAAAAUAAUUGUUUAGUGUCACUAUCUUACUAUAUUAAAUUGGCUGAUUAGAGCUCCAAGUCACUCGUGUUUAGGCUCAAUAGCAUAAUACUUAAGUGCUACAGCUCUGAUAUUAACAGAUGUAUGUAAAUCCUGUCUGUAUGGCUUAGGUCAAGUUGCUAAACUUCUCAGUACUUGUCAAAUGAGGAGUUAGGUCCCAGUUGUGACUUCUAGUGCUCACACAUUGUUGGCAGGGCUGAAACAUUUUUUCUUUCUUUUUCCUUUUUUUUUUCUUUUUGAGACAGAUUUUCUCUGUAUAUCCCUGGCUGGAACUCACUCUGUAGACCAGGCUGGGCUCAAACUCAGAGAUCUACCUGCUUCUACUUCCCAAGUCCUGGGAUUAAAGGCAUGUGGCACAGCUACCAGCUUAAAGCAUCCUUAAUUAGAUUUUUACUUGUUAAUAAAAGCACUUGGUAUAUAAAAAUGUGUACUGAAAAGUAAGUUUCUGGGGCUGGAGAGACAGCCUAGUGGUUAAGAACAUGUGCUGCUCCUCCAGAGGUCUGAAGUUCGAUUCCCAGCAUCUACAUCAGGCAGCUUGCAACCACCUGUAAUUCCAGCAUCUGACACUCCUGGCAUUAUCUGGCACCUGCACAUAUGCACACAGACAUAUACAUGCACACUCAUACCUACACAAUUAAAAAUAAUAAAAGUUAGCUAGGUGGUGGUGGUGCAUGCCUUUAAUCCCAGCACUUGGGAGGCAGAAGCAGACAAAUCUCUGAAAGUUCAAGGCCAGCCUGGUCUACAGAGCAAGUUUCAAGACAGUCAAGACUGUUACACAGAGAAACCCUAUCUUGAAAAACCAAUAAUAAUAGCAACAACAAUAAAAAACAAAAAGUAAGUUUCUUUUCUAUCUCUAAUCCUCAAUUUCCUUCCUUGCAGAUAACAAUUGUUAUCAUAUUCUGUAUUUAGCAAAUAUUUGUUGAGCAUCCACAAGGUGUUAAAUUCAUAAUCUGUAUGUUGCUUUCCUCUUUGA